AUGUCCUUUCAUAUAUGGCGGUUGGCCCAGCAGGUGAAAGUUAGACAAAGAGUCAUAGUUACUGCAAUCACAUACUUCAGGUGUGUCUGUACAAGAACUAUGUCUGAAUCUAUUUGCCGAAAGAGCAUGGCGGAGUAUGAUCCUUGUUUGGUAGCACCAGCUUGUUUGUAUUUGGCAUCAAAGGUGGAGGAGAGCACAGUGCAAACAAGGCAUCUCGUAUUUUACAUCAAGAUGAUGUGUUCUGAUGACAAGUACAGAUUUGAAUUCAAAUAUAUUCUUGAAAUGGAAAUGAAGCUCCUGGAAGCACUCAACUAUUAUUUGGUUGUUUUGCACCCAUACUGUCCUCUUUUAAGGUUAUUGCAGGAUGCUGGCAUAACAGAUCUGACACAAUUCGCCUGGGGCCUUGUCAAUGAUACUUACAAGAUGGAUCUUAUUCUCAUAUAUCCUCCAUAUAUGAGUGCAUUGGCCUGCAUAUACAUUGCAAGUGUUCUUAAAGGUAAGGACACGACUUCCUGGUUUGAAGAACUCCAUGUUGACAUGAACAUUCUUAAGAAUAUUUCUAUGGAAAUCUUGGACUUGUACGACACCUACAAGAUUGAUCCUAAUAGGGGCCUCUAG